GAAGCGCCGCGCACACGUUUUCCGGGCGCCUGAUGCAUGGAAUUAUUGUGGCACUAACGAUCGUCACUUUGGCAUCAGCGAUCGAGCGGCUGAUUGGUGUCAAGGGUCCAUGUCCAACUGGACGGACACGGACCAAACGUACCGUCUGGAUCGCGCGGCGCCACGGCGGAGUCAGGACAAGCGUGCCGGGACCGUUCGAGCUCCUCCUAUAGCUAGGUGAUAGUACUGAUGCAUGGGUCGCUCUCGCUGAUGCUAUGAGAAAAAAAUUAUGGUCCACGACAACCUCUCUCUCUCUCUCGAUCGUCUGCAUAAAUAGACCCCCGUCUCUUCUACUUUUUUCCUCCCCCGUGCCUCACGGUCGACAGCUACCUGGCCGAGCCACCAUCAAAGCGCCAGUACACCAGUACCUAUGCAUUGCUAGCAGCUAGCUCGAGUCCGCUCCCACCGUACUCACUGCCAGUGCCACACCACGCGUACGCCAUGGCGCCGUCGCCGGUGGCGGGCGCGCACGGCGAGGGCGCGAGCGCCGGCGCCGUGUGCUGCAUGUGCGGCGACCGCGGCCUGCCGGGCGAGCUGUUCCGGUGCAGGUGCUGCCGCUCCCGGCUCCAGCACAGGUACUGCAGCGACCUGUACCCGAGGGCGGCCGCGUACCGGCGGUGCAACUGGUGCCUGCGGGAGCCGGGGCCGGGGGUCGGCCAAGCGGGCCUGGGCCAUGCCCAUGCCGCGGCGGUAUUUGCGGCUAACAACAAGCCCGAGGAUGAUAAACAACGGAAGACCACGGCGGCGGCGUCGGACGAGGAGCGGCGGCUGCGCCACGACCACGAUGGGUGCUCCCCCUCCCCGAAGAGGUUGUCGCCGCCGCGGCCGCCUGCGGAGCUCGGACACCCGGUGAAGAAGAAGCACAGGGCCGAGGAGAAGACGCCGCAGCCGCCGCCGGCGGUGGCGGCUAACAACAGGCCCGAGGAUGAUAAACGGAAGACCACGGCGGCGGCGUCGGACGAGGAGCGGCCGCGGCAGCGCCACGAGGGGUGCUCCCCGACCCUGAGGAAGUCGUCGCCGCCGCCUGCGGAGCUCGUACACCCGGUGAAGAAGAAGCACAGGGCCGAGGAGAAGACGCCGCCGGCUGUCGCGGGGAAGGUGCGGGUGAACAGGGUCUGCAGGGUGCGGCGGUACAAGCUCCUCGCUGAAGUCAUCAGCUGCUGAUAAGCUAGUACUCCUGCCGACAAAACAUCGAGAAUUAACCAUGUCUGUAUAGAUGACCAAUAAACACGAGACUCGCGAGCCCGGCACGAAGCCCGCUGUUUGACCCGGUUUGA